GCCACGUGACGGCCCCGCCCCCUCCCUAUGUUUACAUGUUCCAGCCAAUCAGCGCGCUUCUACCAGCGAGCCCUCGCGGCGGGGCGGGUUUGUGACGCCUCUCGCCAUUGGGCGAAGCGCCUGUCAGUCAUCAUCCAGCCGCGGGGGCGGGGCGUUCGGUGUUAUUUACAUCGCGCGCGGCCCCGCCCCCCCGCGCGCUGCCCGUCUGCCCCACGUGGGCGACGCGUGCGCUCAACCAAUCAGAGCCGCCCUCGGCAGCCAAUCCGGAGCGCCCCUCGAGUCCCCAAGGAUGAAUGGCUCCGAGCUCGCCAGCAGCACGGCGUCCAACCCCAAAUCCAAGGAGGAUCCGGUUGGGAAUGGGCACGAGGAGAAGGAGAGCAAUCCCUUCGCUGAGUACAUGUGGAUGGAGAACGAGGAGGACUUCAACCGGCAGGUGGAGGAGGAGCUGCAGGAGCAGGAAUUCCUGGAUCGCUGCUUCCAGGAGAUGCUGGAGGAGGAGGAGCAGGAUUGGUUCAUCCCGGCGCGGGAUCUUCCCCAGGGAAUGGGGCAGCUCCAGCAGCAGCUCCACGGCCUCUCCGUGGGCGACGGACACGGAUCCGAGGACAUCCUGAGCAAAAGCAACUUGAAUCCAGACGCCAAGGAAUUCGUUCCCGGAGUGAAAUACUGACCCCGGAAACCCGGGAAUGGCCUGGCCAGAGACUGAUUCCCUGCUCCAGGGAAAAGUUGGGACACGGGAAGAGCCCGGAGUGGCUCCAGCACCGGGAUCUGCUCCAGCUCCAAGUACUUCUGGUUUUCCCUAUUUUUUUUUUCUUUUUUUUUUUCUUUCCUGGCUUUUCCUCACUUUUUCUUGGCAGUUUUUGGCUUCCUGGGAUUUGAGGCGACCCCGCCAGCGGGAAAAUCUUGGGAAAAAUCAUGGAAAAAAUCACGGGAAAAAUCAUGGAAAAAAUCACGGGAAAAUCAUGGGAAAAUCAUGGGAAAAUCGUGGAAAAAUCAUGGGAAAUCAACAAUGGGAAAAUCAGGUUUUCCCGCUUCCGGAGGAUUUUAGGGUCGGGAGCUGCGCUGGUUUUUCUCUGAUUUUCCUGGAGUGGAUUUUUCCCUGAUUUUUUCUGGAAUGGGAUUUUCCCUGCUGGAAGCGAAGGGUUCCAAGGUGAGAUCCCGAAAUUCCUCCAUAGGGAAGCUGAGCAGGGGAUCCUGCCAACUCCAGGGGUUUUUAGGGAAACCUGGAUUUCCCCAAAUUCCUCAGCUCACCCGACACUACAGCCCUAAUUCCUCACGGGGAAAAUCCAAGGAAAACUGAAUCCCUGGGAAAAGAGAGGGAUCCUCUGUUGGGAUGAGGGAUAUUUUGGGGUGUGGUGGGAAUAUCCUGGUGCUGAUCCCUUUUCCAAGGAUCCUGCAGUGGGAUCCGUGUCUCCAUCAGAAUUUGAUCCUGGGAAUUUCCUUCCCCAUCCACGGGAGCUGCAGCUCCCCCUAAAUCCACCCACAAGGUUCUAAAGGGCUCAGAAAUCCAAGGAAAGCAGGAGCUCCUUGGGAUUGGGAAUCCCUGUCCAAGGAAAUCAGGAGCUCCUUGGGAUUGGGAAUCCCUGUCCAAGGAAAGCAGGAAUUCCUUGGGAUUGGGAAUCCCUGUCCAAGGAAAGCAGGAAUUCCUUGGGAUUGGGAAUCCCUGUCCAAGGAAA